AUGUUCGGCGCAUUCCGCUUCACGAAUCCUCUAUCCGGUGGUCUUCUAUGGAAGGUUCCCUGGAGGAUGUCAAAGUUCCAGAAGCGCCGCCACAGACUUCGCCUCCGAGCCGUCGACGAUGUUGUAGCUACCGUUGACGCUGCUCUCGCCAAGAAGGGACAGACUCUCGAGGCCCUCGACCGAUGGAAGGCUGAGAUGCCUACCGAGGCUGAAAUGAUGCCAAGGGAUAAAUACACCAUGUUUGACCGCAAGGCUAAGCGUUACCGCAAGGGUAUUCACAAGCUACCCAAGUGGACAAGGGUGUCACAACGAGUCAACCCCCCUGGUUACUAG